UGUAUGUGCAAUGUACAGCCAAACCUAUGGAUUGGGCAUCCAUGAAAUGGGGUAUCCGCCUACUCAGUGACACUCAUAGAACACAACUGUGAAGAGUUACACAAAUAUUAUCAUCAUAGCUCUUAUUGCGGGACACUUAAAACGCUGUAAAAUAUGCACUAUUUUUAUCAGUCUGUGUCAGUUUCGAUGGGGGACUAUUAUUUUGAAGGAAAACCGCCGUUUCCACUAAUGUUGUUCACAGCGAACACGCCAGUAGUCCACGUCAACAGAAUACUAACGCGAUGACGUAAAUGGCUAGGAACUCAAAUUCUUGCACUGACCACUGGAUGGCGCAAGUGCAGUUCCUUUAUCAGAGGCCACAUGGAUAAGGGCCCUACAGAGGCCAAAUGGCAUAAUUGAAAACUUUAAUUGAUAAGCCUAUUAUUUUUGCUGUAGUAUUUCUUAUCUAUGGUAUUUAAAAUGUCAUACAAAUUAGCCUACUCAGAAUAAAUUAACAAGUGACUAAAAUUGGAGUCUUGAUAAUCAUUUUAUAAUGCGUGUCAAUUGUGGUCUAGGCUAUAAGAACAAAUAAAAUGUUAUUGGUCACGUACACAUAUUUAGCAGAUGUUAUUCCAGGUGUAGCGAAAUACUUGCGGCCGUAGCUCCAACAGUGCAGAAGUAUUUAAUAAUACACAACAAUACACACAUCUAAACAACUAAGAACAACUAAGAUGUUUCUUGGUGAAUAGUUUAAAAAAAACGAGACAAAUAAAGCUACGCAUCAGUAUUGCGUAGCCUAAUUUGAUCCUUUUUCUUUAUGGUGUGGUGAUGAACUUCAUGUUAUUUUUAUCAUUCACCUACCUACCUCUACUAGCUACUAGGCCUAUCUGAAUAGCUGGGUGUAAGAACAACGGUUCGCUGGGUGGAGCUGCCCGCUGCUUCUGUCGGGCUCCCUGAGGCAAAUGCGAUUAGCAAAUCUUGCCAUUCCCUCGACAAGUCCACAUAGUAGUUUUGUUUAGGCACGCAUGAAGCUGAACGACAUGGCUGUAGCUUCUUUCUCCCAGCGAACCCUCGAGCAGUCAGCUGGUUUGAAAAAACGUUAUCUGGCUUUAGUCUACGUUUUAUCCACAUAGGAAAUACCGUUAGUUUAUUUCUCAUAGUCCGCCCCGAGUGUGACGUGCUUUUUGUGUGGUUGUUCGCUGGGGGUAGAGACAGCUGUCAGGAACGCCCCAAGAAUUGGAGUAGGCUACGAGUAUCAAGAUGCAUUCAUUGACCAAGAAUAUCAUCUGAGAAAAACGUUCGGAGAUUAUUGAUAGGAGUUAUCGAUGAUAUCCUCAACAAUAGCGGUAUUUCUAGAAUUUUUCCUGGACUGAUUACCAGCAAAGUGUCAGGAAUGCCCACUGUCCUCACACUGGUUGGGUUGAUUCUGGCUCUGUCCAUCCCGAGUGCCAGGCUUGAGUCAGCUGAGCUGAGGUUCCUGGGACAGACGGACUUCGUGGUCGACGAGAGCAGCAGCACCGUGGUCCGCCUGGUGGUGGAGAGGAUCGGAGACCCGGUCAACGUGACCACACUGGUUCUGUUGGAGGGAGAUGACACAGGGGACUUUGAGUCCCCCACGGCUGCAGCCUUCCUGCUGUCGUCAGAGGCCAGUAAGACCAUAUUCAUCGCUGUAAGGGACGACGAGCUGCCCGAGGCCGACGAGACCUUUGUCUUCAACCUAAGGCUACAGAGCUCCUCCGAUGGCGUGAGACUGGGGACCCCAAACAGAGCCACUAUCACCAUCCUGUCCAAUGACAACGCCUUCGGAAUAAUUUCCUUCAACUCCACUAAACAGAUUGUCGUGGAUGAGCCUAGAGGGAGGAGCCAGUAUGUGCCUCUCAGCCUGGUCAGAGAGAAGGGGACGUAUGGGACAGUGACGGUUAACUUUGAGAUCUCUGGAGGCCCUAACUCUGCCCUGGAGGACCUCAGUCCAGACUGGGGGAACAUCACCAUCCCACCUGGACGGGCUAUGGUGGUCUUCAGCAUCCUCAUCCUGGAUGACCAGAUCCCUGAGGAUGACGAGGUGUUCACAGUAAAGCUGACGGGCGUGGCAGGCGGGGCGCUCCUCAACCCCAACAGCAGCAGCGUGGAGCUGAAGAUCCGCCGUAACGACAGCCCCUUGCGCUUCUCCCUGUCCCUGGUGGCCGUGGCCGAGAACGCCGGCGUCAUCUCCGUGACCGUGACCCGCGGCAGCCUGGCUGACCACGGCCGUCUGGUGGGCUCCGACGACACGGAGGUCUCUGUAGACUACUUGGUCGUCAGUGGCGAAGGGGCAGGCAGCGCCACACCGGCGGUGGAUUUUGUGGACCUGCAGACGGUGCACAGGGUGACGUUUCCCCCGUGGGUCUACGCGGUGCAACUGUUCUUCAGAGUCAACGAUGACAAGGUGCCAGAGAUCGCAGAGUCGUUCCAAGUGGUGCUGCUGGAGGAGACUGUGAGAGGAGACGCUGUGCUGAUCCCUCCCAAAGCCAUCCUGGUCACCAUCGAACCCAAUGAUAAGCCACACGGGGUCCUGUCAAUCAGCAGCAGCCCUCUCACUCAGCCAAUCAGUAUCAACGAGGAUGUGACGGACAGAUUUGACGGUAUCUCCAUUGUGAGGAACGGUGGGAACUAUGGCGACGUCUCCGUCAACUGGACCAUCAGUCGGAACUCCAGUGACCGCUCGCCCGUGUCAGAUGACCUGAGCCCAGUUUGGGGCACGUUGCGGUUCAGGGCGGGUCAGAUGAGUACAGCCCUGCUGUUGAACAUCACAGCGGACAAGCUCCCAGAAGAGGCCGAGGCCUUUGUCCUCCGACUGCUGCCGGACACUGUGCAGGGAGGGGCCGAGGUGGACGAGCCUAUGGAGAUGGUGUUUUACAUCCAGGACAGUGAUGAUGUGUACGGCCUGUUCCUCUUCCACCCCGAGAAGACCCAGACCAUCCAGAGUCGACCCGACAGCCGCUUCCUGUCCCUCAGCUUUCUGCGCGAGGGGGGUACCCUGGGGGAGGUGGCCCUGUCCCUCACCGCCCUCUAUCUCCCUGCUGGGCCCGUGGAUCCUGGGCUGGCCCGGGACAGGGUGCUGAACGCUAGCCGCUCUACUACCGUGCUGUUCUCUCAGGGCCAGGACCAGGCCAGACUCACCCUGCCUAUCCGCAACGACGCCUUCCUGCAAAACGGAGCCCACUUCCUUAUCCAGCUGGACAGUGUGAACCUGGUCAGUAUCAGCCCUCCAAUCCCGUCUGUGAGUCCUCGCUUCGGAGGGGCGGUCAACCUCACCCUCACAGUCACCCCUGACAUCGCAAAUGGGGAGAUCGGCUUUACCAGUAACACUACAGUGGUGGUGUAUGAGCCAGAGGACACCAACACUAGCACGGUGACCCUCAGCCUGCGGCGAGAUGGGACAGAUGGACAGGCUGUGGUAUUCUGGAGCCUUCGACCAAUCGGAGACUACCAGGCUGACGUCACCCCUGACGACCUGAAACCCCUGAGCGGCUCAGUGGUGUUCCUGACUGGACAGAGUGACGCGGUCAUCAACGUCACCGUCAUGGCCGACAACAUCCCAGAGGUCAACGAGACCCUUCUCCUCACCCUGGACAGAGUGGAGACUGCGCGCUUUGUAGUGUACUUUGUGAUUAACGUUGAGAACCAGAUCCUGAAGCCUGGCUUCACCCGUCGAGAGAUUGUCAUCGUGGAGAACGACGACCCAGGUGGAGUCUUUGAGUUCUCCUCCUUCUCCAGAGGACCCUGGUACAUCAACGAGGGUGAGGCGGUGGAGCUGCGUGUGAUCCGGACCAAGGGGCAGCUGCUCAAACAGCUGGUGCAGUACGCCCUCAUACCCUCGGGCUACACAGAGUUCUAUGGCGCUAACGGUAUCCUGGAGUUCAAGCCCGGGGAGAGGGAGGUGCUGGUAGCACUGGUGGCACGGCCUGACGGGGUCCCCGAGCUGGAUGAGACAUUCUCGAUGGUACUCAGCAGCUACAGCACUCCAACCAGUCGCCUUGGCGACCACCGAGAGGUCAACAUCACGGUGCGCAGGAACGACGACCCAUUCGGGGUCAUCGAGUUCAUCCGUUCUGGACUGGCAGAGGCCAUCAACGAGAGCAAAGGCUCCCAGUCUCACUCAGUGGCCUAUCCCGUGGUGAGGAACAGGGGUCACUUCGGGAAGGUGUCAGUGUCCUGGGUCCUAGAGCCCCACAUGUCUGCUGACGUCAGCCCCGUACAGGGAUACAUUGUGUUUGCUGAGGGGGAGUAUAUGAAAAACCUCACCCUCUUCUCUGUACCUGAUGAGAUCCCAGAGGCAAUGGAGAAUUUCACCAUCACUCUCCUUAAUGCGACAGGGGGAGCAAGACUUGGGAACAUACUCGAUGCCAGCUUGCACAUAAACAAAAACGAUAACCCGAUUUACUUUGCAGAGCCUGUGGUUGUCAGGCUUCAGGAGGGGGGCGUGGCUAACUUCACCGUUUUGAGGGCUGGUCCGGCUGACUUUGUUGCCACGGUGAUGUAUCGCGUGGACUAUGGCGAGGCGUCACCUCGUGACUUGGCCCCGCUGAGUAACGACACUGUGCUGGUGUUUGGCGUGGGACAAUGGAUGAAGAACAUCUAUGUAGUCGUGGAGGAGGACGACAUACCUGAGACCGAAGAACCGUUCUAUAUCAUUCUAUACAACACUACAGGUGACGCUGUCGUGUAUGGGGCGGACACAGCAACAGUGGUGAUUGAGGCCAAUGAUGAGGCCAACGGAAUAUUCUCCCUGGAAUCGACAGAGAGGCCUGUGAAAGAGGGCAAGACCAACAACUUCUAUGUUAUCAGGGCCAGGGGACACUUUGGCAACGUGAUGGUGUUCUGGCGCCUUUAUGCCAAUGACACAGCCCUGGAGCCUGGUCAUGAGUUCAUCAACACCUCUGGCUCCAUCACCUUCACCACGGGAGAGGAGACCAAGCCCAUUGUCCUGCAGGCCAUCUCAGACAAACUCCCAGAGUUCAACGAGUUCUACGUCCUCAGACUAAUCAACAUCUCAGGUGGUUACCCUGGCGAGGGCGGCCGAUUGGCUACUACAUCCCUCAACGCAUCCGUCCUGAUACCCUUCAACGAUGACCCCUUUGGAGUGUUCGCCAUAGCUGAUGACAACCUGGACCAGGAAGUGGCUGAGGACGUCCUGUCAGAACUGGACAUGUCUGAUGUUACUUCCUUCAACAUACUGCGGCAGCAAGGCACCUUCGGGGAUGUGCGGGUUGCCUGGGAGAUUGUAUCCGACCGUUUCCCUCUCGGCCUCCCUCCUAUGCAGGACCUCCUUCUCAGCGCCUUCUUCCCCAAGGAGGUGGAGCUCAGGCCCCACUCCAGGAGGCACCACUCAGGCACCGACGCCUGGCUCUUCUCGGGCCGCCAGGGGGCCUACGGCACCAUCAGCCCAGAGGACGGGCCUGGCAACCUGGCUAACUUCACCUUCUCGGCCUGGCUGAUUCCCAGGCUGGACACCAAUGGCUUCAUCGUGUCUAAGGGUAACAGUAACAGGACGUUGUACUAUGGGGUGAAGGUCCAGACUAAUGAGUCUCAUGUGAGCGUGAUGCUGUACUACACAGCCCUGGGGGCCAACUACACCCAGGUGGCCCGGACCACGGCAGAGAGGUUUGUGGAGGACAACGUGUGGCUCCAUGUGGUGAUCACGGCGGGUGAUGGGAUGAUUGAGUUCUUCCUGGAUGGGAACCCCAUGCCCGGAGGGGUCAAGAGUCUAAAAGGAGAGGCCAUCACUGACGGUUCAGCUCCGGUGAGGAUCGGCUCGGACCACUACGGAGAGGAGCGUUACACGGGCCUCCUGCAGGAUCUGCGUCUCUACCACAGCAGACUGAACCGCUCAGAGAUCCACGAGCUCCACACGCAGCCCGCCAAGACGGACCUGAGGAACAUCUCUGGCUACCUGCAGUACAGGCAGGACGAGAGGCAGAAGGCCUUUGAGGUGAAGGUGCGGGACGACAAGGAGGAGGAGGGGGAGGAAGUGUUCUACUUGCAGCUGGUGGCGGCCCACGGGGGGGCGCGCCUCCCCCUCCCCCGCCCCACCGCCACCCUACGGGUGAUGAAGAGUGACAACGCCAACGGCUUCUUUGGCUUCACCGGCACCUGCAUACCAAGCACGUCAGAGGAAGGCUCCACCAUCUCCUGUGUUAUUGAGCGGACGCGCGGGGAUCUGGACCACGUCUAUGUCAACUACACGGUCACUCAGCUUAACUCAGACAGCCAGGCUCCGGCCCACCAGGACUUUGCCAAUGCCAGCGGCUCGGUGCUCUUCCUUCCCGGUCAGCGCUCUGAGGUCCUGAACCUGCUGGUGUUGAAUGAUGACACCCCUGAGUUCGCAGAGUCCUUCCAGGUCACUCUGGUGUCAGCAGAGUCCGGCGAUGGGAAGCCAGGCUCCACCCCCACCAGUGGGUCCAGCAUCAAUCCUGACAACUCAGCUACCAGAGUCACCGUCAUGGCCAGCGACCAUCCCUAUGGUCUGCUCCAGUUCCAGCCGAGACUGCCGGCUGAGGGCAUAAUCCGCCCGGCAACAGAGCCUGCCCACAUCACGGUCAACGAGGAUGAUGGCGAGGUUCGCCUGCUGGUGGCCAGGGCCCAAGGCCUCCUGGGAAGAGUCAUGGUCGGCUAUAGGACCUCACCGUUUACCGCUGCCAGCCCCGAGGACUAUGAGGACUCAGACGGCAUGCUAGACUUCUUGCCAGGAGAACGCUUCAAGUACAUCAGUGUGACCGUCAUAGACAACACCGUCCCUGAGUUGGACAAGGUGUUCAGAGUGGAGCUCUACAACCCUGACGGAGGAGUGGGUCAGUUCCUUCGAAGUGAAGGCAGUGGCAGUGGAGAAAGUGACACUGACUUCUUCCUCUUGUCCUCUCACCACCGUGCCAGCUUGGGAGUUGCCUCCCAUAUCACUGUGACCAUCGCUGCCUCUGACGACGCACAUGGAGUGUUUCAGUUCAGCCUGGACUCUCUGUCUGUCAAUGGCACCGAGCCUGAGGAGGGGCGCAGCACUGUGCUGCUGCAGGUGAUGCGGUUGUUCGGUGCCUUGUCCAACGUAACUGUAUUCUGGGAGGCUGAUGUCAGCUCUGAGGAAGACCUCAUCAGCAGGGCCGGGAACCUCACCUUCCACGUGGGCCAGACCAGGGGGGAGAUUGAGCUCCAGGUGGCCCAGGACGAGGUGCCGGAGCUGGACAAGAGAUUCGGUGUGUCCCUAGUCAACGUCUCCCAUGGGCGUCUGAGUGUGAGGACUGAGGCCACUGUGACCGUGCUGGCCAGUGACGACCCCUAUGGAGUGUUUGUGUUCUCGGAGAGCAGCAGGCCGGUCCGCCUACCUGAGGGCCACACUCUGGUCACCCUCACCAUCUACAGGCAGAGGGGGCUGAUGGGAAGGGUGCGCGUGACGUACGGGACCCUGAGUGAGGCUGACGCCGCCCCCUUCUUGACCCCGGGGGUGGGCCGGGCCAAUGAGGGGAAUGAUUUUGUCCCCCUCCUGGAGUCGGUGGUGUUUGCAGCCAAUCAGAGUGAGGCUAAAGUAACCCUUCGAGUGCUGGAUGAUGAAGAGCCUGAGAGGGAUGAGUCUGUAUUCAUGGAGCUGAUCAGUGUCAAUCUCAUAGGAGGAGGACAGCAUGAGAGAUUAAUUGCCCAGUCUCCUCGUCUUGGUCCGAAGGCAGAGAUCGUGGCCCAGGUCAUAGUAGAGGCCAGUGAUGACGCCUUUGGGUUUCUGCAGCUGUCCGCCCCUGCCGUCAACGUGGCCGAGAACUAUGUUGGACCCAUUAUCAAUGUCACACGCAUUGGGGGGAUUUUUGCUGACGUGUCUGUGAAGUUCAGGGCUGUACCAAUGACUGCCAGAGUUGGUGACGACUACAGCGUAGCGUCCUCUGACGUGGUUCUCCUGGAGGGGGAGACCAGUAAGCCAGUUCCCAUCUACAUCAUCGACGAUGUGAUUCCUGAGCUGGAGGAGACCUUCCGCAUCGAGUUGCUCAACGUCACCACAGGGGGUGCUAAACUGGGGGUGCUCACCCGCACCAUCAUCACCAUCCUGCCCUCUGACGACCCGUUUGGGGCCUUUGUAUUUCAGGCUGCUCCUGUCACCAUAGAGGAGCCUGGGGUGAACUCAUUCCAGGUGACACUGCCCAUCGUGCGAAACGCUGGAGCCAUAGGGACUGUGGUUGUCCAGUGGCGAGCCACGGUGAACAGCAGAGCAGCAGUAGGGGACCUCCAGCCUGCGUCAGGAGAGGUCACCUUCGCGCCAGGAGAAACUAUGAAGACGUUGAAAGUUGAGGUCCUAGCAGACGAUGUGCCCGAAAUUGAGGAAAUAAUCAAGGUGGAAUUGACUGGUGCCACUAAUGGAGGAAACAUUGGAAGAGACAAAACAGUCAAUAUCAUUGUCCCAGCCAAUGACAACCCGUAUGGGACGGUCUACUUUGAACAGUCUGUGUAUCAAGUGCAGGAACCUCUCGAGGGAAUUUUUGUUGCCAACAUUACUGUCCGUCGAAGUGGUGGUCAUUUUGGCCGACUGGAGGUCCUCUACAGCACCUCAGAGAUAGACAUAGUGAGCAUGGCCCAGACAGAAGGCCAGAACCUGCUGUUGUACUACAGCCCCCCGGUGUCAGGAGUACCCUCUGGCGCCCCCCGCAGGCCAGUCAACAUCAGCUCCCAGGGGAACCCCCUGGUUGUCUGUGCUGCUGCCUGCCUGAGGGAGAGGGCCUGCCAGUCCUUCUCCCUGUCUCCUCCUGGGGGAUCUUCCCCCAUGGCCUCCUGCACCUGGGUGACCAGCGGGGCCGCCCAGCUGACCGCGUCCGCCCAGACCCUCACCUACACCAAAAACACCACGGCCACCGUCGCUCUCUUCAGCUCGCAGGCCGUGGCGGGGAGCGACUACACUACGACAGCACAGACAGCCAUCUUGGAGGACGGCUCAGGUGAAGCCAACCUGACUGUGCCCAUUCUGACGGACAAACUCCCCGAAAUGGACGAGAGCUUCUCCAUCCGCAUCCUGAAGGUGGUGCUGGUGAACUUGACCGUGGCUCAGAAGAACCUGCCCUCCAUAGGGCAUCCGGACAAGGCAGUGGUCACAAUAGGCAUGAAUGGGGAUGCCUUUGGGGUGUUUCUCAUCUACACCCUCAGCCCUAAUGCUACACAGGACGGGCUCUAUCUGGAGGUGAGGGAGGAGCCACGUGUGUCAGUACCCCUGGUCAUAGAGAGGAGGGGGGGCAGCCUAGGGCAGGUGACUGUGGAGUGGAGGUUCGUGGGUGGAAUGGCUACACCAGGCACUGACUUCACCGGGACUGGAGAAACACUUGUCUUUGCCGAUGGCGAUUUUAAGAAGAACAUUGAGAUAGUGAUCGUGGAUGAUUUGGAGCCUGAGGACAGCGAGACCCUGAUGGUUGGCUUGGUGAAGACUGCAGGAGGCAGCCGGAUCCUGCCCAGCUCAGACACGGUCACCAUCAUCAUCCUGGCUAACGACAACGUGGCUGGGGUGGUGGGCUUCCACUCAGCCUCACGCUCUGUCAUCGCCAGAGAGGGGGAGAGGCUGUCCCUGCUGGUGAUCAGGACAGCUCCCGGGCUGGGGAACGUCACAGUAGACUGGACCAUCCAAGGACCCCGCGUUGCCAGGACCUUCACACCCACCUCAGGACUACUAUUCUUCACUGGGGGAACGCUGAACACCACCAUAGUCCUCCAGCUGCUUGAAGACUCAACACCUGAGGAGAAGGAGCUGUACAGGGUGAUCCUGUCCAACGUCCGCACAUAUGGUGUUCUGGUAACGGGUCACGGAGUGUUGGAUGACCAGGGGCGCGAGGCGGUGGUUACCGUGGAGACCAGUGACGGGCCGUUUGGGAUGCUUAGCAUCGCCCCGUCCUCCCUCAGUCUGACCACGGAGGAGCGCGACGCCACCCUCAACGUCUUCAUCAACAGAGAGUUUGGGGCUUCAGGGGUAGUGAAUAUCAGCUAUGAGACGGUCCGAGGAUCCCUCCAGGACCUUUCCCAGGUGGAAGGGGGCGGGGCCCUGGCUGAACCAGGACAGGACUUUCUCUCUGUAUCGGGCUCAGUGAUCCUACAGGAUGGACAGAUCUCUGUGGCCAUCCCUGUCACCAUACUGGAUGAUGACAUCCCUGAGUUGGAGGAAUUUUUCCUGGUCAACGUAACGUCGGCAGUACUCAUCACCACCCUCAGACCUGGUCCUAAACUAGAUACACAUGGUUUGGUGGCAGAAAUCAGCAUUGCUGCCAAUGAUGGAAUUCGAGGUGUCAUUGAAUGGACAAAUACUAACUUUGAGGUGAAUGAGACCAUGGGUAUGCUGAACCUGGUGGUCUACAGGAGCUCAACGACCUACGGAAACGUGUCACUCUUCUUCUACACUCAGAACCUGGAAGGUCAGCUGGGUCUGGACUACAAUGCCACACCAUCGAUGCUCCACUUCGCUGAUGGCGAGAGGCAUCAGUUUGUUGAGGUGCAGAUCAUUGAUGACGUCAUCCCAGAGGGAGCUGAAAGGUUCCAGCUCAUUCUGGCUAAUCCAUCAUCUGGACUAAAGCUGGGAGCCAAUACCACAGCAACGGUGAACAUCUUGGCUAGCGACGAUGGCCACGGUGUCAUAUCCUUCAACAGCAGCCAGCCCUUCCUGCUGAGGGAGCCCACAUCGCUGUCCGGGCUGGGGGAGAGCGUUGCCAUCCUGUACGUUGUGCGUGACCCACCCCAGGGCACCUUCGGCACCGUCACUGUCCAGUUCACCAUUACAAACGCCAACGGAACACUGGCCCAGGACGACCUCAUACCCUGGCAGGGCUUUGUGGUGCUGGAGGACGGAGUCAAGUUCAAGACUUUGGAGAUCUGGGCAGUUCUGGACGCUGAGCCUGAGGUGAACGAGACAUUCACGGUGACCCUGUCCAGUCCAACUGGAGGGGCUCGGCUUGGAGACACACUCUACACAGUCAUCACUGUGCUGCAAAACUCCGCCCCUCUGGGCCUUUUCCGCAUCGCCUCCUCCCUCAACAGCACUGAUAGCUCUGUGGUGGGGAAGGAGGGCGGUAGGACCGUGUUCUUGACUGUGUCCCGCAGUAAAGGUCUGGAGGCAGCGGUCAGUGUGGAGUGGGAUACUCAGUCGGACACAGCUGUUGCCGUAGAGGGGAGUCUUCCAGUGAUGGCAGUGUAUCAGAUCUUCCCAGAGACCCCCACCUCAGGCUGGUGUUCCCUGGCUGGUGGAGCCUCUCCUCUGGCCAUGAGGCUAGACAGGCCCUCAACUGGAGGCUCCAACCAGACCCACGCCACUCUUUACAGGUGGCAGGGGGUGUUGGUGCCUAUACAGUCGGUGACGAUCCAGGACCCUAGGAUGUGUGUGGGUUUCUCUGUGAACGGCUCAUCCUAUGUAGCGAUCACACAUGGCACCCUCCCGGACUCCCCUGCUGUCAACCUCAGCCUGUUCAGCGUGCAACAGGACCUCAAUCUAACCCUGGAACAAUCACUGGCUGUUGAAGCUCUUGAUGUUAAACACUUCUCCAUUGAAAAAAGACACUACUUGAUUGCCUCAAGCCAGGUGUUCGUUUGGACCGGAAGUGUCUUGGCUCUCCAUCAGAGCCUGGAGCUUCAGGGUGUCCUCAUCGUGUCUCCGUUCUCCCAUGUGACCAGCCUCUACCUGGUUGUCUGUGUGAGGAGAAAGACGGGGGACGGCUGUGUGCUGUUCCAGUGGAGUGGAGGGCACUUCCAGAACCCUAGGCCUCUGCCUGUCAGCAGUAGAGCUCAACAAGUAGAGUCUCUCAACAAAGGAGCAGACACUCUUCUUUUGGUCGUCACCGAAGGUUCCUCUUCCUCCUGUGAGGUGUUUGUAUGGGGUUCCCAGCAGCUGUUCCCCCAGCACAGCCAGUCUAUCCCCCACCCUGGCCUGGCCUCUGCCCAGCCCUUCACUCUACCCUCAGGGAUCACCCAUCUCCUGCUGGCUGGGAGCAACGGCUCAGCGCUGUACACCUGGAGGUCUGACAUCAUGCUGUUUUCCCUGGUGCUCACAUCUCCUCCAGCCUCCAACUUCCUCUCUCUCCCUCUCCCCUACAUCAACACCACUAAGAGCCUCCUAGCAGCCACCGAGCCCUCAGGCACCACUAUGUAUGAGCUCACCUCUGUCUCCAACCGUUCCGACUUCAUACCCAGCUAUGGCGAGUUGCGUUUUGUGCCCGGGGACCGGGAGUUGGAGAUUGCGGUAAACAUCAUCGACGACGAUGUCCCAGAGGAGGACGAACAGUUCCGGGUGGUCCUAAAGAAUCCCAAGGGAGGGGCUGAGAUUGGCUUUGGUGGUCAGGUGACCGUGCUUAUUCCAACCAAUGAUGACGCCCAUGGAGUCAUAGGCUUCACACAGGGCUCUCUAUCUGUGGAAGUGGAGGAGUUGACGAAGGGCAACCCUAUCUCUCUGAGUGUUGAGAGGAGGCGAGGAACCUUCAGGAGACUGACCAUCCACUGGGCAGCCAACGGCAGUCUGGAAGACAUCUUUCCCACAUCAGGAGUGGUGACGUUUUCCCAGGGCCAGGUGGUGGCUACCAUCUAUCUGACCGUGCUAGCAGAUAGCAUCCUUGAGCAGAAGGAGAGGGUCACCAUCACCCUGCUGGAUGUCACCACGGUGGGGCUAGACCAGCACUCCAGGGGAGCUCUGAUUGACCCCCAGAGAGCACAGGCCCUCCUCACCAUCUUGCCCAACGGCUCACCCUACGGGUUGAUAGGCUGGCACCUGGACUCCCAGUACCUCCUCACACAGGAGCCUCAGAAGAGUCCCACUAAUGUCACCCUGACCAUUGUGAGGGAGCAGGAGGCUUCUGGGGAGGUGGCAGUGCACUACCAGACAGGACCAGCCCUAUCCAAGCCCCCCUCCAACCAGGCCAGCGCCCCACAGGACUACACACCCCGGGAGGGCACCGUCAUCAUGAAGGAGAACGCCACCCUUGCCCUCAUCACCAUCACCAUACUACCGGAUGAGGCUCCGGAGCUGGCUGAAAGUUUCCUGGUGAACAUCACAGGCGUGGAACUAGUGGGGGGGUUGACGGGGGCGGCCCAGCCCAGUGUGAAGAGGCCUGGCAUGGAGGUGGCUGAGGUCACCAUCCAGGAGAACGAUGACCCACGUGGGGUCCUGCAGUUCAACGUCUCCCAGGAAGAGUCUGGAGGGUUGCUGGCCUAUGAGGUGGCUCCGCCCAGAAACGUCCUCCGUCUAGCAGUGGUGCGAUUGGCUGGCAGGACUGGGAGAGUGGUGGUGUACUGGGAGGCUCGGCCAAUCACUGCCAGUCUCGAUGACUUCACUCCCUCUUCUGGGAAUAUCACCUUUCAAGAUGGACAGGGACAGGCCAUCAUAGACAUCAGCAUCGUGGAUGACGCGGCGGUGGAGUCUGUGGAGCGCUUCAGUGUGACUCUAAUGCGUGUGAUUGGUGGAGCCAGGCUGGGGGUGGAGAUCUCUGUGACCGUCACCAUCCCACCCAACGAUUCACCGCUGGGCAGCUUCGGCUUCCAGGAGAAGACUUUCACUAUCAGCGAGCCAGAGUUCACUAGUGACCCGGCUGCCAUGGCAACGCUGACUGUGGUGCGAAGUGCAGAAGGCGAGGGGGCGGUGACACUGAUGUGGCGCCUGGAGGACACUGCCCGGGACGACCUUUCACCUCUCAACGGAACACUGGUCUUCAAUGAGACAGAGUCUAGGAGAACGCUGGUGAUCCGGGCUCUGGCUGACGCUGUGUUGGAGGGAGACGAGAGCUUCACUGUCCAGCUCCUGGCUGCCAAGAGUGAUGCUGUAAUCGACCCCGUUGAUGGGUCAGCCACCGUCACCAUCCUGGGAGACCGUGCAGCCAUGGGAAUAGUGGGGAUCGCUGAGGCUUCCAGGAACGUCCUCAUCGGAGAACCUCAGGGAGACUAUAAUGGGACUGCUCUGGUCAGCCUUGUACGCGGCCCUGGCAUCUUUGGAGAGAUCCAGGUGUACUGGAACAUCACUCCUGCUGUGGCCUCUGAGUUUGAGGAGCUGUCUGGCGUGGUAACCAUGAGGGACAGACAGUCUGCCGCCACCAUACGCCUCAAAGCGCUGGAUGAUGACACAGCAGAGGAGCGGCGUGUGUACCAGCUGACCUUGACCUCAGUCACGCCCGGGGCAGGGAUCAGCCCCUCGGCCCAGAGGGCCACGGUCACCAUGGCAGCCAGUGAUCUCCCCCACGGCCUGUUCUCCUUUGUCCAAGGCCUCGUCAGGGCCUCUGAGGAGGAGGGCAAGGUCAAUGUGACAGUGGUGCGCUCCAUGGGCAGGUUUGGGAGCGUGUGGGUAACCUACCAGACAGCAGGCAGUGUAGCGGUCAGUGGAGUGGACUUCACCGCUGCCUCGGGUAGGCUUCUGUUUGGCCCAGGCCAGACCACGCGUGGGGUCACGCUGAGUAUCCAUGACGACGACCUACCAGAGGGACCUGAGGAGUUCUACCUCAACAUCACCACAGUGGAGCUCCUCAAUGACAGUAAUGUGGACUUCACUGUGAGGGAGCACGGCCUGCAACGAGACCAGCCUCCAGCCAUCGGCAAAGUUUCCUCCGUCAUGAUCAUCAUCCAGAAGAGUGACAACUCAGAAGGCAUUCUGGAGUUCCUCCCUGACUAUGUCAACAUCACAGUGGAGGAGGAUGUGGGCAGUGCGUCCAUCCCAGUGGUGAGGAGGGUGGGUUACUACGGCCUGGUCACAGCAGAGUACAUCUCUAGGGGUCUGACUGCCAGGGCCGGCCUGGACUACAUCCUGGCCAACGGCUCGCUCACCUUCCUCCACGGCCACAACACCAGUCACAUCAACGUGUCCAUUAUAGACGACCAGGACAGAGAGGACGCCGAGACGUUUGAGAUCCAGCUGUCGGGUUCCACGGGCGGAGCCAUACUGGGUACUCAUCUGAUUGCCAGGGUUACCAUCGCCAAGAGCGACUCGCCCAAUGGUGUGGUCCGUUUCCUGAACGCGAGCGUGAUCACCCUGGUGAACCCCAACAGUAUUCUGAAGUUCAGCCUGCUCCUGGAGAGGGUGGGGGGGUUUGUAGGCAACGCUACGAUAACUUGGAGCAUUCUGGGUCCCAACACCAAAGAGGUAUUACCACCCGUAAACACAGACGUUGGAGAUCCUGUGAACGGAUCAUUCCAUUUCAGAGACGGGGAGGGGGGAUUGCGCACCAUUGAUCUGAGGAUUCUACCCCAUGGGGAGGUGGAGGUGGCAGAGACCUUUGUGGUCGUGCUUCAACUCCUCUCAGGUGACAUCGACAUUGACCCCCAAGCUGGCUCUGUCACUCUCAAGAUUGAGAAGUUUGGAGACGCUAAUGGCAUAGUUGAGUUGACAGAGGAGGACCUUAGAGAGCGUGUGUACAGUGAGCCCACAGCUGGCGAGGGGCCGCUCAACAUCUCCCUGCUCAUCACGCGCAGACAAGGUGCCAUGGGCAACGUCACGGUGCACUGGCAGAUCCUGAGUGACUCUGACACAGCGGGGGACUUCUCGGCCCUCAGCGGCUCCGUGGUCAUCCUGGAUGGUCAGAGGGGGGCAGAGGUGGUCCUCACUCUUCUACCUGACGCCGUGCCCGAGCUGGAGGAGCUCUACAUGCUCCGGCUGAGCUCCGUGGAGGGUGGCGCCACCCUGGACACCAACCGCAGUACCACCCUCUUCAGGGUGCGUGCCAACGACGAGCCGCACGGCGUGUUCAGCCUGGCGGCGGAGCGGCAGGCGGUAGUUGUGGUGGGGAGGGGAGCCGGGUUGGUCAGACUCCUGGCACUGAACGUGACGCGCCAGGCUGGGGCCUUCGGCAACGCCAGUGUGGGCUACCGGAUCAGUACUGGGCCUGGGCUGAAUGGACAGGAGCUGCUAGGGGGGGCGGCUGUGGGGAGAGUCCUGAUCAAGCAUGGAGAGGAAUCAGCCUCUGACUCUGUGCCAAUCAGUACUCAGGUGUUUCUCUCAGUGGGUGUGAACUUUACUUUGGAGCUUACAGACGUGAGCCUCCUGGGACCUCUCUUCAGCUCCCCACCUCGUCUCCUACUGGAGGCCAGGGUCGCCAUAGUGACCGUCCCAGAGGAAGCAGCCAGCGCUGAGGUGGGCUUUGUCUCGUUGGCGUUGCAGGUCUCCAGUGUGGAGACGGGUGUGUGUGAGGCGCUGGUGUACAGGACGGGGUUGUUUGGGGAGGUGAGGGUGGAGUGGAGCGCAGGGUACCCUCCCGGACAGGCUCCGUUAGGAUUCAGGCCUGGAGUCAUCACCCCCAGCUCAGGCUCGGUGACAAUGGCCCAUGGAGAGAGGAGCAAGGCUGUGUCCCUCCAGGCGCUCUCUAAUGUGUCUGAGCCAGCGGCCUUCGCCCUCCACCUCACUGCAGCCGGCUCCAUCUCCCCUGCUCCUGGGGUAGCUAGACUCCGGUCAGGGUUCACGGUGGCAGAGGUUGAGCCUCUGGGGCUGUACCAGUUCGCCCCGGACUCCCGCCAGCUGGUCAUCGAGGAGAACGUGCAGACCAUCACCCUCUACGUCCAGCGGCUCUAUGGUUUUCGUAGCAACCGUACCCGCCUGUCUUACCAGACGGUGUCGGGCAGUGCCCUGGCCGGACAGGACUUCGCUGGAGUGCGGAACGGAGAGCUGUUCUUUGACUCACCUCGCCAGACCUCCGCCAUGCUCCGACUGUCCGUUCUGGACGACGCGCUCUUGGAGCCAGACGAAAACUUCUUUGUCAACCUGACAGACGUCCAGGUACUGAGCGGUGGUGGUGACCCCCAAUCAGGUGACCCCCGGCCCCAUCUCAUCCCACAAUACAGCGUGUCCACCGUUACCAUCCUGGCCAGCGACGUCACGGUGGGGGUGCUGAGCAUUGGGCCGGGACUGGUUGAGACAACAGAGGACAGGGAGGAAGGGAGCCAGCAGGAGAAGAGAGUGCUCCUCAGGGUCCAUAGGUCUAGCAGUCUGGCUGGGCCAGUGAGGGUCAAGGUGCAGGCUUAUGGAGGUGGGAGUGUUGGGGGUCCAUCUCUUCCCUUUGCUCCAGAACCCAACAAGACCCUGGCCCUGGUGGGGCAAGACUUCAAGUUGGAGUCCACCCUGGUGUCACUGCAGGAGGGGCAGAGUGAGGCCGAGGUCAGCCUCAUCAUCCUGGACGACUCUGAGCCCGAGGGACAAGAAGUGUUCUUCAUCUACCUCAGCGACCCAGAGGGUGGUGCGCAGAUCGCAGAUGGGCCCAACCAGCAGGGCUUCAGCUCCUUUGCCAAAAUCAUCAUCCUAGGGAGUGAUUUCCAUAACGGGAUAGUGGGUUUCAGUGUGAGUUCUCUGCUGGGCCAGGUUCUGGACGAGGACUCAGAAGUAAACAGAACAGCCCUACUUUACUUGCAGAGACAACAGAACAGGGCCUUUGAGGACGUUGAGGUGAAGUGGCGGGCCACGUUCAGCAGGGCGGGGCCAUCCCUGGUCAACAACGGAGUGAACCUGACACGGGAGCUGUGGCAGACCUCAGGCAAAGUGCUUUGCAGGAGAGGACAGGUCCUCUGUGUCUUCAGCAUGGAGGUCCGACAGGACCAGGAACCCGAGUAUCAGGCCUGGUUCCUGGUUGAGAUCUACCAGGUGGGUGUUGGCGCUGCCAUCAAUGAAAGUUCCCGCUUUGCCAACAUCACCCUGCUGGAGAGCGAUGACCCACUGGGGCUGGUCUACUUUGCGGUGGGGUCCAGACUGCCUGUAGCCCACCUCAAGACCAUCCACCUCAGUCUGCAGGUGUACAGAGAGGCCAGCACGACCUCCAACAUCACCGUACUCUACCGCAUGCUGGAAGUCCCUCGGGCUGAGGCAGUAGGCCCCACCCUGAUCUGGCCUGCAGUGGCCGGGAUGGACUUUCUGAAAGAAGAGGGCCAGCUGACCUUUGACCUGGGCCAAAGGAGCAUAGGGCUGAACAUCACCCUCACCCCAGACCAGGCCUCCUCCAACCCCCCACCGAAGCGCUUUCACGUGGAGCUGUAUGGGGCCAGUGGAGGGGCCAGGGUGCACCCUGAGUACGGCCUGGCCAACGUGACCCUGGUGUCGGGCACAGAGGCCCAGGCUGUGUGGGCCCUGUUGGACCAGCUCCAGCAGCCUCUGGACACUACCAUACUGGACAGGGUGCUCCAGGCUCUGCUCAGCAAGUUCACGGCACAGCUCACACCAGAACAACUGACUGCUGUGCUGGAUGCACUGGGGAAGGUGCUUACGGAGGCAGAGCGCACCCCUAUUGCGGACAGCAGCCGUGGCUUGACCUAUGACCUACUGUGUGCCAUGGCCAACCCCAGCCGAGUCGACACAGGGGGCCUGAGCCAACUGGCAGAGGUGGCCGAGCGCUUCGCCUUCUCCCUGCUCACACACAGCCAGUGUGGAGCACAGGCUCAAAGGGGGAGGACCAUUCUGGACACUUGUGCCUACAUUUCCAUCUCUUCCUACCACUGGUACCCUACCCAGAUCAACGGGCACACGUUCACAGGCAAGAACUCAGACACCUUUCAGUUGCCAGAGAACCUCCUGGAGGUGCCAGCCUUGCCCACUGGCACCAUCUCCCCCUCAGCCUGCCGCCGGGUGCAGCUCACAGAGUACAGCACCGAACACUGGUUCCUCACCGACAAAACCACCGCGCUCAACGGAAAGGUGUUCUCUGCCAGCCUGCAGGGCCGAGGGUCACGACCCCUGACUGAGGGUAACGAGGUGGUGUACCGUAUCCACACCCCCGGGUUGAGGGUCAAACCUGGCCAGUCUCUGUGCCUUCUGUGGAGCCAGGCUGUUGAGAGCUGGCUGUCAGAUGGGCAGUUCUGCAGAGUAGUGGAUGACAGUGGGAACUAUGUGGAGUGUGCAUGCUCCCACCUGUCUGUGUACACGGCCCACGCCCAGAUGGCUUCCCUGGCCUCCUACAACGAAGCCUUCUACGCCUCAGGCUUCAUCUGCAUCUCAGCUUUCGUCUUGGCCAUCGUUUCCCACCUGCUGUGUUCUCGCUUCCCCAUGUUUGCUGCCAAAUUGCUCACCCACAUGAUGGUAGGCUGCCUUGGGACACAGAUCUGUUUCCUGGUGUCUGCGUUUCGUGGCCGUGUCUUCUCAGAGGACAGCUGUGCCGUUCUGGGCCUCUUCUCCCACUACUUCCUCCUGAGCCAGUUCUGCUGGAUGCUACUCCAGGCGGUAAACUUCUGGCUGGUGUUGGUGAUGAACGAUGAGCAGACAGAGAGACGUUACCUGGUCUACUUCCUGCUGGGCUGGGGACUUCCUGCUCUGGUCAUCAUCAUCCUGGUCAUCGUUCUGCUGGGGGGCUUUGGCUGGACCAUACACAGUGUCUACGGCCUGGUGCAUGGGGAUGUGUGUUUCAUUCCUAAUAUCUAUGCUGCUCUGUGUACAGCAGCCCUGGUGCCUCUCAUCUGCCUGGUUGGGGUACUGGUGGUGUUUAUCCAUGCCUACCAGGUCACACAGCAGUGGAAGGCCUACGACGACGUGUACCGCGGGCGCACCAAUAGCUCAGAGGUGCCCAUGGUGCUGUACCUGUUUGCCCUGGUGUCCCUGGUGUUGCUGUGGGCAGGACUACACAUGGGCUACAGAUACCUAUGGAUGCUCAUCCUCUACGUCAUCUUCAACCUCCUGCUGGGCCUGUACGUGUUUGCUGUGUACUUCCUGAUGCACAACCAGCUAUGUUGGCCAGCCAAGGCCAGCUACACGGUGGAGAUGAAUGGCCAGGGCAGUCCAGACUCCGCCUACCAGGGAGGGGGUACCGCCACCAUAGGGGAGGAGAUCAACAAGUCCACCCUGAACCUCAUCAGAACCAUGGAGGAGGUGUCUGCGGACUGGGAGUGUGCGUCUCUGCAUCCAGACAGCCAGCCCAGCAGUGUGUUUAAGCAGAGCCCUCAGAGUGGGACCGACUCCACCGACGGAGGCUUCAUCAACACCAACCUAGUGGCCGACGAUGAGUCCCAGGACUUUGAUGACCUCAUAUUUGCCUUAAAGACUGGAUCGGGCCUUAAUCUGAGUGACAACGAGUCGAUCCACGGGAGCCAUGACGGUGGGAGUACGGCCCCGUCUCAGAUAGUAGAACUAAGACGCAUCCCCAUCGCAGAUACACACCUCUAACCUCCCACGUUUUUAUACCACAGAGAACAACACAAGUGUUUUUAUAUUUCUACUGCCUUUGCACUAAAACAUCACGUUUUUUUUAAUAGAGUAGUUUUGGUUUUCGUCAGUUGUUUGAUGUCAUGAAAGCCGGUGAUGUUUUUGUCUGUUUUUAUAUGAAUAUAUCAAUGUGUUACUAAAUGAAUGUGUACAAGUUCUCGACACAGUUUUUGAAGCUGAUUUGAUCUCUCCUGGGUGUAAAUGCUUUUGUAUAGUUUUUAGGACACAAGCCAGCACCCUCAAACCUGCUGCUAAGGUUUCUGUAACAUUGUUAAUAAAUAUUUCAACAGAUAUUUUA